CAUGCUGUCUGUAAUGACCAAGGACAGGAAGUCAACCACAGGACAGGAAGUCAACCAGAGGACAGGAAGUCGACCAGAGGACAGGAAGUCGACCAGAGGACAGGAAGUCGACCAGAGGACAGGAAACCACAGGAUAGGAAGUAGACCAAAGGACAGGAAGUCGACCAGAGGACAGGAAACCAAAGGACAGGAAGUAGACCAGAGGACAGGAAAUCACAGGACAGGAAGUCGAUCAGAGGACAGGAAACCACUGGAUAGGAAGUCAACCACAGGACAGGAAGACAAUCAGAGGACAGGAAACCACAGGAUAGGAAGUAGACCAAAGGACAGGAAGUCGACCAGAGGACAGGAAACCACAGGACAGGAAGUAGACCAAAGGACAGGAAGUCGACCAGAGGACAGGAAACCAAAGGACAGGAAGUAGACCAGAGGACAGGAAAUCACAGGACAGGAAGUCAACCACAGGACAGGAA